CUGCAGCUCGCCGAAAGAAAAUGGGAAACGAUCCAUGAGAUCUGUAUCUCAGCUAUCAACGGCCUCGGAGACAGAGGGCACCGUAUCCACGGUGGCGUCCAACUCCAUCGCGCGGACCAAUCGCACCAUCUCGGGGCCGAGGACCAGGAAGAGCAUGGGCAGCCAGAAGGACGCCAACUCUGCUAACGAGACGAAAUCGAUGGAAGCUAAUGUCCGAAGGUUUCAAGAGAUAUCGUCCAUCGACGAGGAGCCACAGUCGGCGUUGUCCGACUCUUUCUUUGCAACUCCGAAGGAAAAUCGCCAAAAUGACGCGAACAUGCCGUCGAGACGGCUGUCAGGCGCCCAGAACGGCAAAAACGAGGCGAAAAAGCACAACACGUCCGAUUCCACGCGAGCGUUCUUCGAAAGCAUGGCGAUGACAGUUUCGACGUUUCCGCUACACAUCCAAGCGACGUUAAAGGUUCGAAUUUGCAAUCUCGUCGGCGACGCAGAGUACGGUUUAACGAUACCGAAACACCGCUAAAAUAAUGAUUUUUACAGUAAACUUUACGUUAAUUACCUUCUCGAAUCAUGUUUACGAACCUGAACAAUUUAUUUAUGCUUACAGCAUUCAUUUGCCCAUUCAUUAUUAAUCUUUUUAAUUUGAUUUUGACAAUUUGAACGUGUCGCUUUAGAGUUUUGUAAUUUUGGAGUUAACCAUUCGUAGUUCCUUCGUUGUAAUUGUUAUGUUUAAUCAAACUGCACUAAUGUAAGCCACGUGCAUCAUAAUUAGAAUUUGUUCCUAUGAGUUAUUCACUAUUGUACCCUGUGUGUUACAAUUGACUCAAUUUAGAAUUUGUUAUUCGUAGGUUUUACUUAAGUUUAUAAAAUGAACAUAGCGUCUAUCAAAGUUGAAGUACUUUUGUAAGAAGCAGUCUUUGUUUAUAUCACACGUUUAGGAAUAUGCGUAUUAUAUGCACAAAACUUACGCUACGUUUUCAGCCCAUUGAUUAAAAAAUUUAACAAAACACUACACGUAUCGUUAUUAAAUUAAAGGAUUACACGUCAUUGAUUCUCUCGAAAAUUGAGAAUAUACUAAACAACCCCCGAAAAAUCUUCGCAUUUAAAUUUCCACCAAUAAAUAUCAAUUUUUAUUUUAACCCAAACUAAAAUCCAUUUCUACAAACAAGUAUAACAAGAUUACACCACAAACAGAAAAAUUAUUAUUCUUUUUUAAAUUUUCUAUACACGUCCACUGCGAAAAAAAAAUUCUCAAAAACUGCUCCACCUCUAACUAUU